AUGAAAUCCCCGGCAAAGCUUGCUCUACCAUCUGCUUGCAAGCUGCUUGCUGUUUUGAACAUGCUGCCACAGACCGUUCUUACCGGGCUACUUGCUCUGUGCUCCGUUUCCCUCACCUCUGCCUGGGUGAUUCCGCAGUCGGUGCUGGGCAACGAUGCCAACCCUCCGGACUCGUCCUCUGUGGACGAAGAUGCCCUCGCCCGCCCAUCCUGGUUCACCUCAGCCCUGAUGGCCCGCCGUAUGCUGGCUCUGUCUUCCUCCGGCGUGAUCGCGACCGUCUUCCCCGAUUCAAUCCCACCCUCUGCACGCACCCCGUCUACGGUCGCGGGUCUCCCCAUCGGUCUGCGCGAGUACAUCGCCGACUGUGACGGCUCUCUGCCGGACGAACUGUCUCACGGUGGGAACGGUGACCCCACCAUCCUUGCCCUGCGCGUCGCUACUACGUUCAAAAAUAUCGGCGCCGGUUCAAACCUCAGUCUCGAGGUGGACUGGUGGGACCAUCUGGCCGAUGCAGGGCCCGUCUAUCCCGGACUGCCUGACAGCCCGGCUGCCCUGCCGCGGAUCACCCUGUUCGGAUACCUUGAAACGCUCCCCGAGCUGUCCGAUUCCGCGUCUGCAACCCUGGAGAAAUGCUUUCUGAGGUCUCAUCCGGAUGCCAAAGCCUGGCUUCCUGGAGUUCCCGGCGCGCCGCAUGCAAGCUUCUGGGCUCGUCUGGUGGUCACGCAGGCCUACUGGAUCGGCGGAUUUGGAGAUGUGCAACAGAUCGGCUGGAUGAACGUGACAGAGUGGAAGGGAAUCCGACGCCGAAGCAGUUUGGACGGCGUCGGCGAUGGCCGCGGAUGGGAGGACGUGCGACUGCCUGGAGAAAAGGGAAAGCAGUGA